AUGGCUAUACAAAUUCUCUUUUUCGUAGAGAGGAAUGAGGGUCAACCGGAAGAAACACCAAAGCAAAAAUUGUUGAAUUGGAUUCGCAGUAAACUACCACCUGGCAUGCCACUUACCAACUUCACCUCAGACUGGAAUGAUGGUAUUGCUGUUGGAGCAUUGGUUAAUGCAUUGGUCCCUGGAGCAGUCAUGGAUUGGGAGCAAUGGACUCCAGAAAAUGCGUUGGAAAAUACGCAGAAAGCCAUGAAAAUUGCUCAGGAGAGAUUGGGUGUCGAACCUGUGAGUUCCACAUUCAGCAGUAGUAGAAUUAUUUUCAAGUUGAUUGCUAAUGGCAUCAACUAGCG